CGAGUAUUAAAACGAAAAAAUUAUCAAUAUUACUUGCUCAUAUUUGAGAACUUUAUGUAGCUAAAUCGAUACAAAAUAUUAUAUACAAGGUAUUCUAUUUGCAUAAUAAAUAAGAAACCUUAUAAAAAAAGGAUUACGCUAAAUGAAUUGCGAUCGAGCGCCAGUGGGAACGCGGCAUAAACAUAUAAAUCGUUUAAAUUCACUCGCGAGCCUCCGUUUCAUUUCCUCUAUUGUAGAGAUAAAUGUCGCAAUGUAUUGUGGCUGCAAUUCUUAUUUACAAACGGAAAAGUGUUUUGAUAAAUUAACAAUACACACAUACACAAUAACGCCUGCAGCUUAUUAUGAUUGUUCACUCCUACUUAAACGUACAACUUUAGCAAACGAGGAAUAAAAGACUGAAUCGAAAUGUCCAUAAUCAACGUGAGAAACGCCUUCUCGGCGAUGGCCCAAAACUACCAAGCGGGGGCGGCGUCGCUGCUGCCCAACGCCCUGACCGGCAGGAGGAAAUUCAGCGUGCAACAGACGAGAUCGAGGCGGCGAAUCCUGUCGAAAAACGCCGAUGCGGCGGUGAAACUGGUCAGGAACAUGGGCGGCGGCAUCGUCAAGUCGCCGUUGGGACCGUGCGAGAACAUACCCAACCAGAACAUCGUCGAAUACGUCUUCAGGGACACCGAACAAUGGGCGGACGAAACUGCAGCGACUUGCGCAGCUACGGGUCGAGAGUACACCUACGGAAUGCUCAGAAUGCUGGUGAACAGGUUCGCACAGGCCGCCCUCGGCCAUUGCGGCAUGAAACCCCGCGAAGUGGUGGGCCUGCUGCUGCCCAACAUACCCGAAUUCAUUAUAGUUUGUCACGGGGCGCUCGAAGCCGGACUGGUGGUCACUUUCGCCAAUCCUCUGUACACACCAGACGAAAUUAAAAGGCAAUUCGAAAACGCCGGCGUCAAGAUGAUCAUCACAGUUCCUAUACUAUUAGAAAUAGCAACGACUAUUGCGCCGCGUUUGUCUGGAUACAGAACCACCGUUUGCAUCGGCGGCGAAGAUGACAUCGAAAAGAACAUACACGGAUUGAAGAGUUUGCUAACAGCCGGAUACGAGAGCGAAUUGCCCGGCAUUUCCCCGAAAGAACUAGCCGUUUUACCGUACUCAAGCGGUACGACCGGGCUACCCAAAGGAGUGAUGCUGUCUCAUUACAACCUUAUAGCCAAUUUAGUGCAAGGAGAACGAGAAGAACUGAUGAUAAAGCGAAGGAAAGACGGUACUCGACACGAGGUGCUGUCCGUGUUGCCGUUCUUCCACAUCUUCGGCUUCAACGGCAUCAUGAACAUCGUCAUCAGGGACGGACAUCACAUGAUCACGCUGCCCAGGUUCACGCCCGAAGACUACGUGAAAGCCUUAGAAACCUACAGGCCGACGUUCCUGUUCGUCGUGCCCUCGCUGCUGCUGUUCCUGGCUUCGCAUCCGGCCGUCACCAAGGAGCACCUGAAGAGCGUGGAGGGCAUCCAGUCGGGCGCGGCGCCCCUCACCGAGGGCGUGCUGCAGAAGUUCAAGGCGAAGCUCGACAAUCCCGACGACAUGAUGAUCAGGCAGGGUUACGGCAUGACCGAGAGCUCGCCGGUCACCUUCAUCAUGCCCAAGCUGACGCCGCCCUCCAAGAUCGGCACCAUCGGCAUUCCCUAUCCCAACACCGAGGCCAGGAUCGUGUGCUUGAAGACCGGAGAGAACCUGGGUACUCACAGUUCAGGGGAGUUGUUGGUGAGAGGGCCGCAGGUAAUGAUGGGGUAUUUGAAUAACGAGAAAGCUACUGCGGAGACUCUCGAUGACGAUGGGUGGUUGCACACUGGGGAUGUAGCCUAUUACGAUGAAGACGCCUAUUUCUAUGUAGUCGAUAGGUGCAAGGAGUUAAUCAAAGUUAAAGGGAAUCAGGUAUCGCCGACCGAAUUGGAAAAUUUGAUCAUGGAAAUAGAAGGAAUAUUGGACGUGGCUGUAGUUGGGGUGCCGGACACUUUAGCCGGGGAAGUGCCUAAAGCUUACGUGGUACGUAAACCGGGAAUUAAUAUCAACGAAGAGGAGAUUCAACGUUGGGUAAACGGAAAAGUAACGCAUUACAAGAAACUGGUGGGAGGCGUUAAAUUUAUCGAUUCGAUACCCAGAAAUCCGAGCGGGAAGAUCCUUAGGAACGAAUUGAAAGUGAUCAAUUAGUUUUUAUUUGGGAUGGCUUGCUCGUAAAAUAAACUUUUUUUGUCGGAGAGUUAGGGAGAUUUAUAAACAACUUGAAUAGGUAGAUUUUUUUGAAAUUUUUUAUCAAAUGUGGAAGAACUCAUAAUUUUUUUAUUUUUUACAUUUAAGUGAUGAUUAGAUGAACUUUUUUUAUGGCUGCUGAUAGGUACUAAUUGUUCACUUAAUAAAGUUUCUACAUUUUUACAUCAAUUCUAAUGAAAAUCUGUCACUAUAGUUUGUAAGGAGUAAUUUAAAGUUAAAGGAGAAUACAAUUGUAAUUUUAUAGUUCAAUGUUUUACAUAUAUUUUUAUUGGUAUUGCAUGUACCAUGUACUUAUAUAUAAAUAAAUGAAUUGUUU